AUGGAUGCUACUUAUGACACUCUCGCAUUAUACAUCACACAAAAGAUAUCGUCAGUAUAUAUCAAGUUAAAUGUUUUUUUUAUUUCGAUUUUAAUGCUUACAACCAUUUUCGAUAGAAGUCAUUCGCCCCGUGACCGAUUCCUUGUCGCUAUUGCUGGAAUACCGGGUUCAGGGAAAUCCACAUUAGCAAAAACUCUUGUUGAACGUGUAAAUGAACUUAUGGGGCAAAAUAUCUCCAUAGUGGUACCAAUGGAUGGGUAUCAUUAUCCCAAGAAAACGUUAGAUACAUUUCCAGAUCCUAAAGAAGCCUAUGCUCGAAGAGGUGCAUAUUGGACAUUUGAUGUGCAAGGUCUUCUUACUUUGACGGAAGCUCUCCGAAGUCCUAUUGAUAGCAGUCAAACAAUAACUGCACCAUCAUUCGAUCAUGGUAAAGGUGACCCUGUAGAAAAUGAUAUUAAAAUAUUACAAAGUCAUAAAUUGGUGAUAAUGGAAGGGCUUUACCUCCACUUGAAAGAACCACCAGCUUGGAAAUCAAUUGCAUCACACAUGGACGAACUAUGGUUUCUACAUAUAGAUCGCGAAAUUGCAAAAAAAAGAAUUAUCAAAAGGCAUAUUCAAAGUCAUCUUGAUGAAACUGAAGAACAGGCAACUUUUAGAGUUGAAAAUAAUGAUAUGGUGAAUGCUGAUUAUAUUUUAGAAAACAGUUUGAUACCAACUAGAAUCGUGAUUAGCGUUGAGGUUCCUAAUCAUGCUACUUGA